AUGUAUCUGUGUAAUCAUGUGGAUAUUGUAACGGAAACUAAUAAAGUUAAUAGGAAUACCUUCGAAUAUCACAUAUCAUUGGAGGGUCGACAAAUUGUCAUUUGCAGAACAUUAUUCAUAACGAUACAUUCGAUAACAGAAAAGGAUUUAAAAUCAGUGCAAGACCAGAAAAAUUCUGGAAAACUUCCGGGUGAAAUCGAGGAAGAAACGGUCGACGAAAAGCUUGAUGAAUGCAUAUACAAUCACAUAAACAAAGCUUAUGAAAUAAGACAUUCGCAUUAUGCGAACAUGGAAUACAGAUACUACGACACGAGCUUAACGUUGAUGACAAUAUAUGAUGAUUUCCGACUGAAUCAUCCCAAAUACCAAAAUGUUAAAUACAACUAUUUCGCUAACAAGUUUUAUGCUAACGAUCCAAAAAUACAUUUCAAGCUCCCACAAAUCGAUGUUUGUCAUAAAUGCGAACAGUUAGACUUGAAAAUAAGGAACGCUUGCAAUUCAGAGGAAAAAAAACUCCAAAAAGAAGAGAAAGAGGCACAUUUGAAGAAAGCAAAUGAAUUUACUUUAGCGUUUAGAAAAGCCAAACACAACUGUAUUGAAGGAGCUCACAUUGGAACCAUCACCUUUGACUAUAUGAAAGCCAUACCUAUUCCAAAACUACCGAUUCCAGUUCCUUUUAAAGAUUGUUUGUACUUGAGUUUAUUUUGCAUUCAUAAUGUUAAAAAUGGCAAAACGUAUUUUUAUUUGUACCACGAAGCCGAAGCCAACAAAGGCCCGAAUGAGGUUUGUACUUUCAUCAAACAUUUUUGUGAUAAUUAUUUGUCUGAGGAGAUAACCGAAUUAAAUGUGUUCACUGACAACUCCUCUGCUCAAAAUAAAAACCACACUUUAUCAGGUUUGUUUUGUGCCUUGACUGAAAUUCGAAGAUUCUCAAAGAUCGAACAUUUUUAUCCUGUCAGAGGACAUUCGUUUCUGCCUUGCGACAGAAAAUUUGGCAUUAUUAAAAACUAUUUGAAACGUCAUGAGUGGAUUUACAAUUUAGACGAGUUUAAUAGGCACAUUCGCAACAGUUCUAGUUCGUUUUUUGUCAAAGAUGUUAAGUACAGAGAAAUCAAAAACUGGAAGGACUGGCAUGAUGUUUAUUAUUGCGAAGCUCAAUCGACAAGUGAUCCAAGGAAGAAGUUUUCAUUCAAAGGCAAGUACCAUUUUAUUUACGAAUCGGAGGACAAGGGUUGUUUCAGAGCUUGCGAUAAUAUUUAUGGAGAAAGCGAAACUUUUAAGAAAAGGAUUAAUGAGGACAAAUACAUUAAAUGGCCCGUCGCAAGAGCAUACAAGAAUAUAAAAUGUAUAAAGAAGAAUAAAAUCGAUAGUCUUAAGAGGACUCUUCCAUUUGUACCAAAUAAAGAUAAAGGAUUUUACAAGAGGAUCAUAGUUUAUAGUGAGAGAAACUCUAUAGUGGAAACUUAACAAUUGGAAUAAUGUGUUAUAUUUAUUUAUUUAUUCAUUUGUUAUAUUA